AUGGCAAGCUCGGUUAAGCGCUCGCUCGGAGCUGAGCUUACCGACACCAUCAAGAAGUCGCGUGUGCUACUGGUCGGUGCUGGUGGCAUCGGCUGUGAACUUUUAAAAAACCUCGUUAUGACUGGCUUUGGCGAGGUCCACAUCGUCGAUCUGGAUACGAUUGAUCUGAGCAACCUGAAUCGGCAAUUCCUAUUCCGUCAUGAACACAUCAAGCAGUCCAAGGCUCUGGUUGCGAAAGAAGCUGCGCAAAAGUUCCGGCCUAGCGCAAAGCUUGAGGCAUAUCAUGCGAACAUUACGGAAAAGCGCUUCAACGUUGAAUGGUUUAAAUCAUUCGAUCUUGUCUUCAAUGCGCUUGAUAAUCUUGCUGCGCGCCGUCAUGUGAAUUUUAUGUGUCUUUCUGCCGCUGUGCCUUUGAUUGAAAGCGGCACCACGGGCUUCAACGGCCAGGUACAAGUCAUUGUGAAGGGAGAAACCGAAUGUUAUGACUGCAACCCAAAAGAAACACCGAAGUCGUUUCCCAUAUGUACGAUCCGGACCACACCCUCCCAACCAAUCCACUGUAUUGUAUGGGGCAAGAGCUACCUUCUCCCGGAGUUGUUUGGGACCAGCGAGGACAGCCCAGAUGAACUUGAUACUGUGGAAACAGCUGACAAUGCGGGAGAACUCGAGCAAUUGCAGAAGGAGGCACGGGCGCUUAAAGACAUUCGACAAUCCAUGGGCUCAGAUGAGUUCCCGAGAAAGAUUUUUGAGAAGGUCUUCAAGGACGACAUUGAGCGCUUGCGCAGCGUGGACAUGUGGAAAGAGCGCAGUCCCCCAGAGUCUCUUGACUAUGACAAGCUCCAAAAAGAGUCCAGCUCUAUUGAACCGACAAUCUCUGCAAUUGACCAGCGAGAAUGGACGCCACCGGAAGCCUUUGUCGUAUUCAAGGAAAGCUUGUAUCGUCUUAGCAAACGCUUCAAGAAGCUUCAGGAAAUAUCCUCACCCGAUGGGCCCGCUCCGAUUUUAACAUUUGAUAAAGAUGACGUUGAUACUUUAGAUUUCGUUGCUGCCACAGCAAUUUUGCGUGGUGCUAUUUUUGGCAUCGAGCCGUCUUCAAAGUUCGAUAUUAAACAAAUGGCUGGCAACAUCAUUCCCGCAAUUGCCACUACAAAUGCCAUGACGGCAGGUCUCUGUGUCCUGCAGGCAUUCAAGGUCCUCCAAGAUGACUUAGCAAACGCUAAAAUGUGGUGGUCAAAGGUUUUCCUUGAGAGAUCUGGAGCCCGUGCGUUGAACUCCGAUUCUUUGAACCCUCCCAGACCAGACUGCCCAGUGUGCUCAGUCGUACAUGGAGAGGUUAACAUCGACGCAACGAACGCAACCCUCGGUGAUAUCGUAGAGGACAUCCUCCGAGCGGAGCUAGGCUACGGCGAAGAGAUUGCCAUUAACAAGGGCUCUGAGAUCAUCUACGACCCUGAUUUGGAGGAAAACCUAGUCAUGAAGCUCUCUGAGCUGGGACUCGAUAAUGACAGUUCUAUCACUAUUAAGGACGAAGAUGACCAAGAAAGAUCCCCCCGUGUGGAUCUGCAGCUCCGCAUCGUUACCCGGACUGAAACCAUCAAUGAAUCUAAACCAGUUGCUCUUACUCGAUCUCUCGAGAUUCCUCGCAAACCCAAACAGAUUCCUAAGCCCACAUCUGAUGAGAUACAUCUGACUAGCGGCUCAACUGCCAUAGGAAAACGAAAGCGUGAGAAUGAAGAUGAGAGUGUGGGUGUUCCUGCUGCCAAGAAGGUUGCAGGUGCAGCUGUGUCUGAUGGCCAGAGCAAUGAACCUAUUGUCUUGGAUGACGAUGAUGAUGAUGGUGUUUUGAUCAUCGACUAG